AUGGGCUCUACAGAUGAAUACAUGCAGUCGUCUGCCCCCGGAAUUGCCGAAAUCGGGGAUUCGCCGCUUUUGCCGCAGUCCUCCCACGGCCGUCGCCAGGAUCAGCGCGUGCUCGCUACCGUAUACGACGCCGUCGCAGGAAGGGUCACCUAUGAUAGAGUGUUGCGAGAUGAGGGCCAGGACCAGAAGAAAUUUCAGCCUGGGAUCAUCGACCAGCGCUCGGCCCGAGAUGGCUUCAAGCUCGCUCCAGAUGAUGUCUUGUUUCGCCGCAAAGACGCCCCGGAACGCUAUGCGGAGCAUGAUAUCUACCGCGCGCACGAGUGGGAGCUGCCCAACGGCGGCCAGGGCGUCUUGCCGCAGAGCGAUCUUCUCAAAGCCAUUCACGAGUACUCGUCCGAGUUUUACGGAGCCCUGAACCGCAACCAGCGGGUGCUCGAAAGUGGGCGUAAUUUGGACGAGCGUAGCAUGGAUGAGACGGCACUUCUGGCGCUAGGCAUCCUGCUAGAAGAGGCGGGGCGAGAGGUUCUAGGUCGACGAGGGCAUCUUGUCUUCACUGAGGGCACCCAGGAUACUCAUGGCGACAGCAGCGGUGAGCAGGAGUGGCAAGGAGGCAGUGCGGCGCAGGACUCCGGCGGUGAUUCUGUGGUGGGCCAUGAGGACGUCGGAUCCCGACAGCCGGGAAGGAAGCGAAGAAAGCUUGCGAAAGCAGAUGACGACUGA